GCACAACAGGAGGAGGAGAGGACGACAGCGAAGUCCGCACACACGCAAACAGCUCCAAGUCCGUGCUUGCUUCAACACAAGGAUCUGUCUCGGCGUUCAUGGAUACUCCCACCUUCGCGUGUCUUUACCACGGCAUCUUCAAGCAUGAAACACGCAUAGGCUUUAAAUCGCUUCUCCCGCGUCCAGCCUCCCCGUGCACAGACAAGGACAGAGAGACACGAGACGUGUGUACUCUCCAAACUAAUUGAAAACACGUACCGGACGAAGCACUUUUGACAGGACAGGAUGGCGAAAGAGACCAGAGGGAAAGCGACCCUUCGCAAGCUCAGCGCUUCUCACUGGCGCAUGCAGAACAUCGCCCAGGAAUCUGUUGACAGCUCAGACGAUGAGUUUUUUGAUGCCCGCGAGGUGCUGGAGGGUAAGACGGCCAUGCUCUUAGGAAUGAGUCAAUGGAACUCUAAUGAUCUUGUUGAACAGAUAGAAACCUUGGGCCACAUCGACCAGACUCAGGGGUCAGAGAGACUGUACCAUGUAAGGAGGCAGAAAUGUGUCCCCCAGACAAGCAUUGAUGGUCUAGAAGAAGCUGAGAAAUGUCAAACCCAUGUGCUGGUGUUGGUGGUGCAUGGGGGGAACAUACUGGAUACGGUGGGUGGUGAGACGGGCGCAAAGGCUGCAGAUGUGAAGACCCUGUCUUCUGUGCUGGAGAAAGUGUCCCAAGCUCACUUUCAAGCCGCAGCCCAACAUGUCGUCAUUAAGUUGGUGCCGUGCCCAGCCGUAUGUGCGGAGGCCUUCUCCCUUGUGUCCAAUCUGAAUCCUUACAGCUAUGAUGAGAGUUGUGUAUCCAGCAGCGUAGAUCAUCUUCCACUGGCUGCUUUACCGCUGCUCGCCAUAGCUUCUCCACACUACCAAGAUGCCGUGGCAGCCAUUAUCGCUCGGGCCAACCAGGUGUACCACAGUUUUUUGCAGUCGCCUGACGGACAGGGCUUCACAGGGCAGGUGUGUUUGUUGGGUGACUGUGUGGGAGGUGUGCUGUGUUUCGAUGCUCUCUGUUUCAGCAACAGCCCACGACAUGGUAGCCCCAUCCACAAAAGCAGAUAUAACAGCACAGAAAGCUUAAAGGAUAACCCUGAGGUCAGCCCCAGCCUGAGCUCCAGCAAGCGCCUUAGCAGGAGCAACAUUGACCUGUCUGCCCCCAGUGACUCCCGCUGCAGGAAAACCCAGCUCAGCCGUAAACAGAGCGACUCAUACGAUGGAGACUCCUCCUGCAGCCAGCACCACCCUUUCCUUAGCAGUCUGAUUCAGGACGAAGUGGACCAGAGACCAGGGAGCAACACCAGUCUUGUGCUGAAUCCAGGUCGCUUUGACUUUGAGGUUUCGGAUUGUUUUCUGCUGGGCUGUCCUCUUGGACUGGUGCUAGCCAUGAGACGCACUGUGCUUCCUGCUGUCCAGGUGUCUCAGCUCCGGCCUGCAUGUUCUCAAAUCUUCAACCUGUUCUACCCCUCUGACCCGUCGGCCUCUAGAUUGGAGCCCCUUCUACAUUCCCAGUUCCACAAACUGCCUCCUUUCCCUGUUUCCCGCUACCAGCGAUACCCGCUGGGAGACGGUCGUUCCACCCUUAUUGUCGAUGACAUCCACAGCUACCCUGACGUGUUCCUGCACGGUAGUACUGUUCCGGUAGACGCCCUGCACUCCACAUCUCCCCAGAUAGAGCGCAGCGCAGGUGGGCGGAUGGCCAUUGAGGUCCGCAGGUCCAGUUUGACCAGCAUCGACAGCCAGUUGUCUGGCUGCUGGGAGAGCAGGCUGAGCAGCACCAUCGCCAACAUCUCCAGCAGCUGGUGGGGCUCUAAGCGGUUAGAUUAUGCCCUGUACUGUCCAGACGUCUUGACGGCAUUCCCCACUGUGGCUCUGCCUCACCUGUUCCACGCUUCCUAUUGGGAAUCUACUGAUGUUGUUGCUUUCCUUCUGCGUCAGGUGAUGCGCUGUGACUAUGUGAAAACCCAAGAGGCGGACAACUCUGACUCCGCCCCCUUCUCCCCUUCCAGUCCGAGAGAGAAGUGGCUACGCAGGCGCACACACGUCAAGCUUAGGAAUGUCACCGCCAACCACAGAGUUAAUGAUGUCAUUGCAACAGAGGAUGGGCCACAGACCUUGGUUGGUCGCUUCAUGUAUGGACCACUGGAUAUGGUAACCCUGACCGGGGAAAAAGUCGAUGUGUACGUGAUGACCCAACCCCAGUCAGGUCGCUGGGUGCACUUAGACACAGAGUUGACUGGUAGUAGUGGCAGAGUGACCUACACCAUCCCUAAAACCAAAAAGCUGGCAGUGGGAGUCUACCCCAUCAAAAUGGUUGUGAAGGGAGACCAGACGUGUGCAGAGGCCUUCCUGACGGUGUUGCCGCGGGGGAUGGAGUGUGUCGUCUUUAGCAUUGACGGUUCAUUUGCCGCUAGCGUCUCCAUCAUGGGCAGCGACCCUAAAGUACGGCCUGGAGCUGUGGAUGUGGUCAGACACUGGCAGGACCUGGGUUACCUGAUCAUUUACAUCACUGGCCGUCCAGACAUGCAGAAACAGAGAGUUGUAUCAUGGCUCUCUCAACACAACUUCCCUCAGGGAAUGAUCUUCUUUUCGGAGGGGUUGGUCCAUGACCCACUUCGCCAGAAAACCAUCUUCCUCAGGAACUUGGUGCAAGAGUGUCACAUUAAAAUCAACUGCGCCUAUGGCUCCAUGAAGGACAUUUCUGUCUACAGCAUACUGGGCCUCAGCCCCAACCAGAUAUAUAUAGUGGGACGGCCCUCGAAGAAGUACCAGAACCAGUGCCAGUUUCUGAGUGAGGGCUACGCGGUACACCUCUCGUCCCUGCAGUUUAGUCACAGGGCCCGGCCCAAGAAGAGCUCCUCGGUACGCAUGGUGCUGCGGAAAGGCUCUUUUGGUCUGUCGGCCAAACCUGACUUCCUGUGCAAGCGUACGCACCUCCGCCGCACCAUGUCAGUUCAGCAACCCGACCCCCCCAUCACGGCCAACCCUAAACCAGAGCGAGCUCAGAGCCAGCCUGAGACAGACAAAGACCACGGGGGUGGAGGAGGAGCAGGCCAUGCCAUGUGGGCAAGGGGGUCCAUGUACCGUGGCGACACCACUCCUUGACCAAAGUGACAGAAAGAGAAGAGAUGGAAAUUAUCUCUCGGUGAACAGAGCCCAGGCAUUUGUCUGCUCUGUGGGCGGUUGCCUGCAGGCCGCUUGUGGUCAGACGGACUUGCAAACUGUACAUUAACCUUUUGUGCCGGUGUUUUGACCUGGCCUGAACUCUGUCACCACUGUCUCUGUUCAGCCAUUCAGCCAGAACAGAAUCUUGACAGCGAAGGCCCUGUGCUGCACUUCACACACUUGUCUGCUGGGUCACACUACAAUUCAUUGUCUCUAGUACACUGCAGAAGAGCAGCCAUGGGAAUAACUGCAAAAGCAUAUUUACAACACUCAAUGGUUUUUCUUGUGCACUUAUGUUGCGGUAUGUUGUAAAUAUAAAUGGCACUGUGAUGAAUUGAGUAUAUUUUGAUGUAUCUGCGUGUGGCAAUAACUUAUUACAGCAGUGCACAUUUUUAAAGGCCAAACUACCAUUUAAAAUUUGUAAUGUUAUGGUUUUAAGUGACUGUGGUUGUCAUAAUGUUAAGUUAAUCAAUUUAUCAGUAUGACACCUUAAAGGAAUUGUUCACCCAAAAUGAAAAUUCUCCCAUCAUUUACUCACCCUCAUCCCAUCUCAAACUCAUAUGACUUUCUCUCUCCUCUUGAACUCAAAGAAAGAUAUUUUGAAAAAUGACAACAGUAUGGGUUUGGUCCAACACUUUCAAGCUCCAAAAAGAUAGGUAGCAUCAAAGUAAUCCACACUCGAGUGGUUUAAUCCAUGUCCUCUGAAGCGAUAUGAUAGCUUUGGAUGAGAAACAAAGAAAAAGCUCUUCUGCCCAGCGAGAACAUGCAAACGUCCAUGUGUCAAGUGCGAGGACAUGUGAACGAGCUUCUCUCAUGAAUGUGCCUAGGAGAGCUGGUGCGGAACUGAAGAUUUUUGGUGAAUAAGGACUGAAUUUUUGCUUUGUUUUCCUCCAAAAGCUAUCAUAACGCUUCAGUUGAAAUGGAUUAAACCACUCGAGUCGCAUUAAUUACUUUUAUGCUGCCUUUUUGGAGAUUUAAAGUUUUGCACCCCAUUGACCUAUAUUGUAUGGAAGAAAACAUAAUUUCAGAAAGAAAGUCAUGUGAGUUUUAAAUGACAUGAAGGGGUAAAUGAUUAGAGAAUAAUAAUUUUUGGGUGAAUUACCCUUUUAAGGGGCGUUCACACUGACAUUGGUGUGCAGUGAUAGAAGUAAUGCAUUUUCAGUGGGAGUUGGACUUUUUUUCACAACAUUGUCAGGAUACUGUCUGAGGAACAAAAUUGGAGUUCAAUUGCAAUUAAAUUUUGCAAUCAUUACAUUUGCAUGCUCAGUUAUAAUUGAGCUAUGGCAGGUUUUUGCAUGAUCACGCUGCAGUUUCCAUCUAAGUAUACAUCACACAAUGUGUAAUCAAUUACUUAAAGGACGGACUGCAAAUAUGGUGGGUUAAAUACAUGGCACACGCUGAGGCCAGUUUUACGAAGUCGAGCUGCAAUCACGUUAUCUUGGACUGUUAGUCCAACUUAACAAAAAUUAGAUAUUGUAGUAUUGAUUUAGUCAGACAGAAAUCGAACUUUUGAAGUUCAUGUAAAUACUGAGUGAGGCAAUGUGGCAACUACCUAUGAGAAUGCAGACAGUGAAGCUCAUGCGAUCAGCCUCAUGGUACAGUCUGAUACAGUGUGAAUGCACCUUUAUGCAAACUGGCAUUGAUAUUGUUUACAUGUCAAUUCAUCUCACACUGAGGAUGAUGGUCUUGUUGAAGAACAUACUGUACUAUAUUAGUAUCUUAUUCUAUACUCGAGGAAAACCUAGUGUUACAAAAAAUGUACAACUACUGUGUUUGAAUAAAGAACAUAUAUCAGGCCACUAUAUGACUGGCCUUUUACUGUCUUACAAUGCUGGCAUCUGAAAUUACAAUGACUCAACCUGAAUGUGUCUAUAUUCCAUAGUUCUUGUAAAAUCAUGCUUUCCUAUUCCUGGUAGUUACUGAUUUUUGGUAUUUUGUAUGGGGCUGUCUAUUACAAUUAUUAUUUUUUCUUGUAUAUUUACAGUAAAUGUUUAUAGUACCCUAAGAGUGUGUGAAAGAGAGCAUGAGUGUUUUGGUCUGUGUGAGUCUGUUUUUAUGUGUGUGUGUGUGCGUGUGUGUGUGUGUGUGUGUGCGCGUGCGCAUGUAUUUAUGCAAGUCUGUGCAUAUUUCCAAAGGUGAGAGUUUGUUUGGAGAUUUUUGUAUUUACUGUACAUAUUUGCAAUUCAGAGAUCAUGGUUUCCUGAUAAGGAUUAUCAGAUAUUUAAACUUAUAAAAUGAGCCUGUUAUUUGUGUCAGUGGAGCUACGAACUUGGAAAUUUUAUAGACACACAUUAUUUUUUAUUUUUGUUUGUGUUAUUACACAAUGUGAAGCAGUGCUGCUUUUCAAUAUACUGUAUAUUAUGAAAAUGUUUUCAGCUGUAUCAAAAUGUAUAUUUACUUGUCUAAAAUCUAUAUUCUCAGAUGGUGUGUGAUUAAAGUAUAUUUGUAUUUUAAAAAGGUGUUCCACAUGUAAGGUUAAUAUUCAGUGUUUCACAAUGGACAAGUGUACAAAUGAAAAAAGAAAAAAAAAAAAAAUGCGUCUUGGUAAAAUGUGUAAUUGUGGUAUUUGGUCCAGUUGCUCUAUUUCAGUGGAUGUACUUCUGUAGGACCUGUACCAAACUGUAUGAACAAAUAUGCUUCAUUCUCAAUCCUUCAAUAAACCCGUCAGCAUUAUAA